CGACAGCCUUGCCUGCCAGAAGCAACAGUCGUCUGCAAAACUUGUGCUGUCGUCUGCAAACUAGCGCUGAAGAGCUGCUGAAUACGGUGAAGAGCAUCCUCCAAUCAUGAAGGUCUUUCUCCUUUUUCUUCUCGUCAUUGGAUUGGCAGUGGCUGAAGCCUGGCUUACAGAUAUUCGGGCCAGUAGAAGUGCUGAUCCAGUGGCAGUGGCUGAAGCCUGGCUUACAGAUAUUCGGGCCAGUAGAAGUGCUGACCCAGUGGCAGUAGCUGAAGCCUGGCUUACAGAUAGUCGGGCCAGUAGAAGUGCUGAUCCAGCUCAUCCCAGGCGCUGGGGUCCUACACGUGCACCUACCGGUCGUGCCAGCCGUUGGGUCCAAAGAAGUGCUGAUCCCGUGGCAGCAGCUGAUCCCGCGAAGUAUGGGCACGGAUGAAGUGUUGAAAGCUGGUGAUGACAGACAAUAAAAGCACCAGCUGAUAAACCUCGAAA